AGCAGCAGCAGCAGCAGCAGCAGCGCGCUGGAUAACGUCUCCUUCAGCCAGCAGCACAGACUCAUUUCUCCACACACCAGCUCUGAGUGGAUGCUCAGCAGGGGUGUUUGAGAUAUUAGCGUGCUGCGUGUAGGGGGGGAGGGAACGGCUCCAGGGACUUUCUCCAAACCAACCAACAAAGAGCCGGCAGUUUGGAGGAAUAUGGGCAAAUCCGAAAGCCAAAUGGAUAUCAUGGAGAAAUCAAGCAAAGCUGUGAAGCGCCGUUGGACUGUUGCAGAAAUCAGCCUGUCUGUUCUGCUGCUGCUGGUUAGCUGUGCCUUGGCGGGGCUCGUCGUCCUCUACACAUCAGCUGUGAAAGAACAAUCAAACAGGCCGAGCGUUCCCAGGAGCUCAACAGGUGAAGGCCAGAUGUUGCGCUCCAACCUCAACAAUGUGUGCACGACUGCAGACUGUGUCACUGCAGCUGCUCGGCUCUUGCAGAACAUCGAUAAAUCUGUGGAGCCUUGUGAUAAUUUCUACCAGUACGCCUGCGGGGGUUGGCUGGAGCGACAUGUCAUCCCGGAGACAAGCUCCCGCCACAGCGUCUUUGACAUUCUGCGGGACAAGCUGGAGAUUGUCCUCAAAGGUGUUCUCGAGACGGCGAGUGAGCGGGACAGAGACGCCAUCAAGAAGGCUAAAAUCCUUUACAGCUCCUGCAUGAAUGAGAGCCUCAUCGAGCAGCGGGACUCCCAGCCGCUCCUGAAGCUCAUCGACAGCAUCGGAGACUGGCCCGUGGCGUCAGAGGACUGGAACACCACAACAGAGGACACCUGGAGCCUCGAGGACACGCUGGCAACACUUACGGCUCGCUUCCACAAGAAGGUGGUACUGGACCUGUAUGUGUGGACGGACGACCGGGACUCUCAGCGCCACAUCAUUUAUAUCGAUCAACCAGGACUUGGAAUGCCAUCUAGAGACUAUUACUUUAAUGAUGGGAACUACAAAAAGGUGCGAGAGGCCUACCUACAUUUCAUGGUGUCCAUUGCAAAAAUAACUCGAGAGGACAAAAACCUGACUCAGGAUGACGACAGAGUCUGGGAGGAAAUGAUGCAAGUGCUGGAGCUGGAGACAGACAUCGCUAAUGCUACAUCACCAGCAGAGGAGCGCCAGGAUGUCACUGUUCUGUACAACAAGAUGACCCUUGGGGAGAUGCAGAGCACUUAUAGCUUUAAUGGUUUUAACUGGACACGGUUUAUAAAAGGCGUCCUGUCGACUGUGUCCAUUGAUCUCCAGCUCGAUGAGGAGGUGGUGGUGUACAGCUCUCCCUACCUGGAAAAGAUGAACGAUGUCCUCUCCAGACACAGCAUCCGAACUAUGCAAAACUACCUCACCUGGCAGCUCAUCAUAGACAGAGUUAACAGCUUGAGCCGCCGCUUCAAAGACGCCAGGGCUCGCUACAGAAAGGCUUUAUAUGGGACCACUGUGGAGGAUGCUUGGUGGAGAGAAUGUGUCCGCUACGUCCAGAGCAGCAUGGAGAACGCAGUUGGAGCUCUGUACGUGCAAGAAACAUUUGCAGGAGAGAGUAAACGAAUGGUUAGCGACCUCAUCAGUAAGAUCCAAACAGCUUAUGUAGAAACACUGGAGGAGUUGAGCUGGAUGGACUCACCAUCCAAGGAAAAAGCGAGAGAGAAGGCUAUGGCAAUAAAGGAGCAUAUUGGCUAUCCAGACCACAUUCUGCAGGAAAGCAGCCAGAAGUUGGAUCAGGAGUACGCUCAUCUAAAUUUCAGCGAGGAACACUAUUUUGAGAACAUCCUGGAGAACCUGCAGUCUGAAGCACAGAAGAGCCUGAAGAAGCUCAGAGAGCCAGUGGAUCCUGAUCUGUGGAUCAUCGGAGCUGCUGUGGUGAAUGCGUUUUACUCACCAAACAGAAACCAGAUAGUGUUUCCAGCAGGAAUCCUGCAGCCGCCUUUUUUCAGUAAACAUCAGCAUCAGGCCCUUAACUUUGGAGGAAUAGGAAUGGUUAUCGGACAUGAGAUCACUCAUGGAUUUGAUGACAAUGGGCGUAAUUUUGACAAGGACGGUAACAUGCUAAAUUGGUGGAGCAAUUACUCCGCUGACCACUUUAAGGAGCAGUCGCAGUGCAUGGUGCAACAAUACGGCAACUUCAUCUGGAACCUGGCGGGUGGACAAAACGUUAGUGGAAUCAGCACUUUGGGGGAGAACAUUGCAGACAACGGAGGGGUUCGUCAAGCUUAUAAGGCUUAUCUAAAGUGGGUGGAAACAGAGGGUGAAGAACCUCAACUGCCUGGUCUAGACAUGGAUCAUAAACAGCUUUUCUUUCUAAACUUUGCCCAAGUGUGGUGUGGUGCCUACAGGCCUGAGUACGCCAGCCAGUCCAUUAAGACGGACUCACACAGUCCGUUAGAAUACAGGGUGCUGGGAUCGCUCCAGAAUUUCGAAGCCUUCUCAGAAGCCUUCCAGUGCCCAAUAGGCAGUCCUAUGAACCCUGAGCAGAAAUGUCGUGUCUGGUAGAAAGCCAACCACACUUUGUUUUGUUUUUGGCAACGUACAUCAAAACAACAAGUUUUACUUUUCAAGCCACCUCGCUGAAAGAUGAUUCAGAGUUAUAUGGUGCAGAGCGGUGGCUUAAACAUAGACGCAGACAUGUAGAUGUUGGAAGUUGGAAGAGUUGUCUCUGGUCGAGGAGGUCACUUAUUCUUUUUCCUGUGUCCAACAAAAUAAAACUAGUGGGCGAAUUAAUUCAAAAACACAAACCCUUGUGGGAGGGUUAAAGCCUACCCGGCUGGAUUUAAAGCUUUUGAUGAACAAACCAUCAAAAAGCAAUUUUUAUAUGGAUCUUUCUGAUUACAUAAUUAUGGGAACAUCUUGGCCACAGUUGCCUUUGUUGGGUCUGAUAUACUGCUUUUAGGACAUCGUGCCACAGAACAAAACUCGUUUUUCAAAGGAUAUAAAAAUAAAUGAAAGCGGCUUUGCUAAAGUAAAGCUACGGUGAAUUAGACAUACUCAGCGAGUUUGGUUACUGUUUCGUGAAAGCAAAUCACCUAAAGACUUUAAGACUGUUAAAUCUUUGCAGCUUUAAGUUUUAAAUUAGCAUUCAUAUAGAACUGCGGCUUUCCAUAUUUUUUACACCAACAGCGCUGUGAGAUAUUGAGUAUUUACAAAGCAGUCCAUUUCUGCAAAUGAUUGCUAGCCCACAUUUAUUGCAGAAAUCAGCAAGAAACAGCACUCCACUUUUUCAGGAAAAUGUUUGCAGUCUGCAGCUUUCUAUUUUAUUUAAAAAACCCAAAAGUUAUAUGUUGCUGGUUAUUAUUGGAGAGAAGUUCCCCAAAUUUUAGACUUUUGAAUCAGAGUAAUUCUAGAGGCUCAAGGCCUGAUGUCUCCUAUUUAUUGCCUUCACAUUUUUAUUAAUUCCCACUUGACUGAACAAUUAAAACGUCUAUUCCGUUUGUCAGAUCAUCCAACUUGUAUAAUAUGUCCCCAGAUCAUGACUGCUUUGUUGAAAAGCUGCUCUCCUGAGAGGAAACCGUAAUUACAGGAGUUUUAGCCUCUGUGCACAGCCAGUUACAUGAAAGAGAAAGGAAACCCCUUCAAUAGACACAUGGAAGUGCAGCAGAUGAUAAAGUCUUUUGCCUUCUGAUCUCGCACUGAUCAGUGCUCUGUAAGAUGAAAGGAAAGGUGCAGUGUGCCUAAAUGAGGCGACCGCCGCGGCCAAUCGGCGAAGCCGCAGGCAGCACCACUGAAGAUUGUGGCCAUUAACGGGAUUGGUCAGGGCCAGGACUGUUAUUUUCUACCCUUAUUAACAGGUAAUGACAGGAGAAUCAAAGCCGGACCGCCGUCGUACCAGAUGCUGGCUAAGAGGAGCUUUCAAACGCAGCAGAAAAACGCAGACAAUAGACAGCUGGUUACACGUUAAAUUUAGGAUGCCUUGGUUAACUGAACAUGACUGUUAGGUCUCGACAGAGGCUGCAUUACUGAAUGUGAACGCGGAUCAUUUAUAGUCUGUCUAUUAGUCUUCACCUCCUGGCAAAUACUGUUGUGAUACACAUGGUGGGGUAGGCGAAAAAACAAAUGACAGGUGGUCCUCCUCAUGAAAGCUGAUGUGAGUGCUGAAUUACAGGUGCAUCUCAGUAAAUUAGAAUAUCGUCACAAAGUUAUUUUAUUUUUGUAACUCCUUUCAUAAAGUGAAAUCCAAUGAAAGAUUCAUUACACACCGAAUUGCAUAUUUCAAGACUGUGCUAAUUUUGAUGAUGAUGGUUUAGGCCUAAUCCACCUUCUGCCACCACUUAUUCCUACAAGGUGGCUGCGGGACGAAUGAAAACCAUGCACACUCACUCUUAAUAACAAUUUACAAAAAACUAUUUAAAGUAAUGACCUUUUGAGGCUGUCCUUAUUGUCAAAGCAGUCAGUGACUGUCUGCUGGACUACUGUCGACUGUCGCCCGUGAUUUUGUAGACCAUAAUAUAACUUUGAAAUCCUUUUGUUAUGGGUCUUAUGAAAUACUCUAGGCUCCGGAGAAACUGAAUCACUUUGUUUGUAAUAAAUCUAUGAGUUUCACUUUUUGACUAUAGCAUUAUGUUCUUAUUUAUUGAGAAUCACCUGUCAAGUAAAUGUUUGACAUUUGGGAAAUAUACUGCCCUUACAAUCUAAUAUAGUACUAAAUAAGUAUCAACAAUGGCUAAAAAAAAAGCAUGGAUACUUCCAUUAAACAUUCACAUCUGAUGCUGGUUGGUGCAAAUAGAGCUAGAUAUUUUUUUCUUUAACGGUAAUUGUUUUUCUUAUUUUGUUCUAAUUUUACAACCCUACCUUCCAUGGCUUGAGAAUUUCCUGUUGGUCCAGUUUGACUAUGUGUGUAAAUGAGUCUAACCCAGAUGCUUUAUUUAUCAUUUAAUUUAGAAAUGUUCAGAGCAGACCAAAAAUAGAACACCUUCAAUUGACUCUAAAGAUGAGUAAAAACCCUUACAAUAAAUUUAUCUUCUGUUGUCAUAGCAAAAUCCUGCGCGAAGAUAUUAAAAGUAAAAAAAAAUUGAAAGAAACUUUAAUCUGAC